AUGGCAACUACAACUCGUCAGCUCGGACGUCAAGCAACAAGAAAUACAGCUACUACUAAUACUAAUACUAAUACUGCCGGCUCGGAUUCUGGUGUAGCAUUAUCUCCUUCAUCAACAGGUUCUACAGCUACACCACCUCGUCGAUAUGUUCUUGAUAUACCAACCACCAGUCGUACAAGACGUUCAACAGUUAAUAAAGUAACAGAUGAAUACGAUGAUACUAAUGUACGUUAUUCAAAUGCCGAUGGUAAUACAGUCACUUAUUCAAAUGCUAUUACAUCAGAUGAUAAUAUGGAAGAAUUAUCACGAUCAGGCUCUAGAGAAUAUUAUUAUCGCGAUGGUGAAAGUGACUCAUCAAAUCGUUAUUUAGAGGAUGGAACUGCAAGACGAUAUACAUCCUAUAUGAAUACAGUAAAUGAAGAUCAAGAAGUUCAAGCAUUAACAGAACAAGCAACACCUGAUAUCAAAAAUUACCCAAUUAAUGUUGAUACAAAUCCAGAAUUAAUUGUUCGACCAAAUACCCAACGAUUAACAUAUACACAAGAUAUUGCUGUUCGAUAUUUAAAACCUGGUACACCACCACCUCCAGGACCAAUUAUUAUUCGUGAAAUUCGUGCACCAUCUCUACCCCCUGCACCGCCAAUAAUUCUUCGUCAACGUCCUCCACCACCACGUACACCUUCACCAGUUAUAAUUCGUGAAAAACCACCUUCACGUCCAAAAUCUGUGCCAACAACUAUAAUUAAAAAGGUUAUUCCUCCACCUCCACCACCACCACGUAAAUUAAUCAUUGAACGUCUACCAAAACUUCCACCGAAGCCACGUCCAGUAAUUAUUGAACGUUGGCUUCCCUAUCAUAAACAAAAACGUCAAGUUAUUCAUGAAAAAGCUAAACCAUUAGCUCCACAAACUCGUGUAAAAAAUACUAUUAUUGAAUGGCGUCCACCUGAAAUUGAAGUUGUUAAACAUGUGAAAAAAUUAGGAAUUUCACAAGCUGAUCCACAACGUUAUCAUACACAACAUGGAGAUAAAUUAUAUACAACAGAAUUUGUUCAACGAAAAUUAACUGAAUUAGGUUUACAAGAAGAAUUAGCUUUAAUGCAAGAACAACAAUCAUCUGUAAUGCGUGAAGAUAAUGCUAUUGAACAAACAGAUGAAUAUAAUGUUCGACAAAUUCUUAAUGGUUAUAAUCGACAAUCAUCAUCUUCUCGACAAAAUAAUACAAUAACACGUCUUAUUCAAUCCUCAACUCAAUCAGGUAUUCUUGAUGAUUAUGAUGAUCAACAUCAACAACAACAAAUGCUUUAUGAACGUUCACCAAAUAAUUCUCAAUCGAUUAUGUAUGAAACUAAUCAUUCUAGUAGAGAUGGUAUUUCAUCUAAUGGAGCUCUUCUUACUGAAGAAGUACUCUUACGAUCACAUGCAAAUAGUGGUGGUAAAUUUCCAGCACAUCUCUUAACAAAACUUGGUUCACAUAUAUAUGAUAUGCCAUCGGAAGAAGUUGAUUUUCGAAAUAAUGAAAGACGAACAACAACUACAACAACAUCACGAUAUUAUACAGAAAAUACGGAUGGUGGAAUAAAUUAUGAAUCACCUAAUGAUGAAACAAGUAAUGCAGAAGAACGAUAUGUUCGAGUAAAAGCAUCCGAUUUAAAAGAUGUUUUAGCCAAUUAUGAAGCUUAUAAUUCUACUACAGGAGAAAGAUUAGAAGGUGAACAAUUAGAUUAUUAA